AUGGCUCUCCAAUCCCAUCAUGUGGACUCCAGUUUGUACAAACUGGGGGAGAAUGAGAUCGAGGUGACCCUUGAUGUUGAACAAGAGGCUGAUGCAGCAGCAGAGGGAUGCAGCUUUGGACAAGGUUCUCUAAAUGGCUCGGACAAACUAAAGUACCAGGGCAUCCCAGACGACACAGAUGAUGUGAUCUGCAUUGGAGAGGUGAAGUACAUUGGUAAUAACAUCAAAGAUGAGUGCCGUGGGAACCACCAAGGGUCUGGAAAUCCACAGCUGGAGGAGCAGAAGGCUGCCAGAGUUUCACAGUUCCGACGCACAAGGCCCCGGAUCCAGUUUGGUCCCACACCUAGGCAGCUGAGUGAACUGGAAGCCAUUUUUGAAAAAACUAAGUACCCUGAUGCGAUCACAAGGAAAAGACAAGCUGAAGCCAUCUAUUUCAUCAUGUCAUUGCAGAGAUGGUUUAAGAGACGAAGAGCCAGAUAUAGGAAGGAACAGCAGUCUCAAAUGCUCCAGUGUGCACCUGAUGAUAGACAGAAUGCCAUACAGUAA